UUGUGGCCGUUCUUUCAUGAGGAAGCCUCUUCUGGUGUCGUCUGCCUUUCAAACCCAAAGAUGGCAGCAGGACGGACGUUGAAAACAUUGAGUAAUCUAAUCGCCCGGUCCGGAAAUGUUGUUAAAUCGGGAUCAAUAACGACGGCCAAUCCAUUGUUUUCGAGAAAUAUUAGGGGUCUACCCUAUUUUCAAACUACCGCCGCAUAUCGAGCUGCUGUUCUGCACGAAAUCGCCAAGCCAUUGGUUAUUGAAGACGUGACCACAACUACUAAGCUUAAAGAUUUGGAGAUUCGAAUAGAAGUCUACACCUGUGGAGUUAAUGCUUCAGACAUUCUUAUUUGCAACGGCCAAUAUGGUAUUGAACAAAAAAUGCCUUUUGUGCCUGGCUUUGAGGUGUGUGGGGAAGUCAAGGAGAUUGGACCCAAAGUCAAAAACUUUAAUGUAGGAGACAAAGUGGUUGGCUUAAAGAAGGAUGGGUAUUCUGGCUUUGCUGAAGAAUGUGUUGUACUAGAGCAAGACUUGUGGGGUGUUCCACAAGGAAUGACAUUUGAAAUUGGAGCAUCUUUGCUAGAUACAUAUGGCACAGCUCUUCUGGGCCUACAUAGAAGGGCAGAGGUAGAGGCAGAGGACACUGUUCUUGUUACAGCUGCUGCUGGAGGUCUUGGUCUAGCGGCUGUUGAUUUAGCAGCAAAUGUCUAUAGGGCCAAGGUAAUUGGCGUAUGUGGUACUGAAGACAAGGCAUCGUUGGUCCGGGAUAAAGGCGCCUUUGCUUCUCUGAAGUAUCAGGCAAAAAAUUUACGAAAUAAAGUGAUGGAGGUCACUGAAGGCAAAGGUGUUUCCAUUAUAUUUGACGCAGUUGGAGGCGAUAUCUUUAACGAGUCUCUAAAAUGCAUUGCACACGAGGGUAAAGUCAUAGUGGCCGGCUUUGCUUCACGUCAGAUCCCCAAUGUACCGACUAGCCUGCUUCUCCCGCAGAGCUUCUCACUCAUUGGCGUGUCACUAAGUCAUUAUCGUGAUGCCAACAACGAAGUGUACAGACAAGUAGGCAAUGAUGUCAUUGAGUUAUAUGAAGAGGGGCUGAUAUCGCCCCAUGUUUCGGCAAUUUUCCCGCUGGAGGAGAUCAAUGCGGCCAUGGAUUUCUUGUUGCAACGGAAAUCAACGGGUAAAGUUAUCUUAAAGAUAAGAUGAAUCCAAAGGCCGUAGUGUCUACGUCUCUCUGGCCACUUGUGUGUUAAUAUGAACAUUAAUAAAAUAAUUGGGUUACCUAGA